GUGUCCCCAAGAGGCCGCCUCGUUUGCUGUGAGGGGGAUCCCGCCUCGCUCGCCUGCUCUGAGAUGGCAGCGCUGGGCCGGGUGCUGAGCGCCCUCCGUCUCCCGGCCAGGCCAGUCACCACCUCCGUCCGGGCCAACUCCAACCGUGCUGCCAUCUCCCACCUCCACCGCCAGCACUAUGGCCGCCUCUACCCCGUCCUCCUGGUCAAGCUUGAUGGCUCUACCGUCCGCCUGCGCUACAAGGAGCCCAAACGGAUCCUCAUGCUGCCCCUGGACAGCAGCACCUUGCCCGAAGCCCAGCGCAAGGCCCGGCUGCGGCGGCAGUUCCCCAGCAAGCCCAAGGUUGGGGCGGAGGAGACCUUCGAGGGCAUCGACCUGGGCACCUACCAGCGGUUCUGGAAGAAGUGAGGCUGCGGAAUAACCUUUAUAUAUAGUUUUAAAAAAAAAAAAAUAAUAAAUAAACGUUACGGUUUGAGAAAACCCA